UUAUGCAUUCAGUAUACGUUUAUCGUUCACAUAACAAACUAGCAACAUGGGCAAGCUUAUAUUCAGCGGUUUCGAUGCCAGUCCUCCAUGUCGCGCCGUCAAAUUGACCUUGGCCGCCCUUCAGCUGCCUUACGAGUAUGUCAUCGUAAAUCCUUUGACCAAAGAUCAACACUCGCCGGAAUACUUAAAGAAGAAUCCACAACACACUAUUCCAAUGCUAGAGGAUGAUGGAAAAUACAUUGCCGACUCGCACGCCAUUUCAGCUUAUUUGGCAAAGAAAUAUGGCAAAGACAGUUCGCUGUAUCCCUCGGAUGUCUUUCAAAGUGCCAUCGUGGAUCAACGUCUCCACUACGACUCCAGCACGCUCUUUACCAGCACUUUGAUGUCCAUCACCAAGCCACUUAUCUUCCAGGGAAAAACUGAAAUUGAAAAGUCCAAAAUUGCUGCCAUAGCAGAGGCCUACGAUUUAAUCGAGACUUUCCUGGGUGACAACGAUUACGUAGCCGGUCCAGAGCUAACCAUAGCUGACUUCAGUUUCAUCACCACCAUUUGUGUACUCAUGAUUUUCCUCGUGCCGGAUUCCAGCAAGUAUCCAAAACUCAAUGCCUGGUUGAAGCGCAUCAAAGAGUUGCCCUACUACGAAGAGGCCAGUGGCGUUGGAGCCACUCAAUUAGAAUCUCUGAUUAAAUCAAAGAACUUUACUAUUGAAGCUUAAAUAAAUAUUGUUGAACAAUCUCGUAUUUUAA